AUGGCCUCCACGAAGAAUACAGGCGAAGCCUCCCUUACAGCAUCCGCCGCUCAGGCAAUUGCCCCUGAGCUGUUCCCUGCCCGCAUCCCCAUCACUCCCUCACAAAUCGAAGCCGGGAUCAAUGUAUGUCUAGGAAUUCAACGGCGAGCUGUGACCUUUGGGAAACGACCUUUUGCAGCAUGUCUGCUCGGUCCAGACAAUGAGACAGUGUUGUUGAUGCACCAGAGCGUGGAUCAGGUAAAUCAUGCCGAGAGCUCACUGGCUCGAUUGGCCUACUGUCACUAUUCUAAGGAGUAUCUCUGGAGGUGUACUUUGGUCAGUACAUGGGAGCCAUGCGCUAUGUGUUCUGCAACGAUCUACUGGGCACAUAUCGGGCGUGUCAUUUAUGCUGCUACGAACGAGCAAUUGGCUACAUUGACUGGACCUGGCAAUAAAGAGAAUUUCACGAUGAAGUGGCAUACAAGGGACAUUCUUCUGGAUCAGCAGAAGGAUGUCGAGAUUAUCGGACCCGUAGACGGCAUGGACAAAGUGGUUGUGGAGGAGAGUGACGUUUACUGGAGCAAGACGAGGCAGUAA